AUGGCGGGAAUCGCGGCAGCGAAAAUUCAAGAAGUUCGGGAGAUUACUCAUAUAGAGAGGAUCGGUGCCCAUUCUCAUAUUCGCGGGCUCGGUCUAGAUGAUACUCUUGAACCAAGACAAGUUUCCCAGGGCAUGGUGGGCCAAAAAUCGGCCCGCCGAGCAGCUGGUAUAGUUUUAGAAAUGAUCAAAGAUGGUAAAAUUGCUGGAAGAGCUGUUCUUCUUGCAGGGCAACCAGGAACUGGAAAAACAGCUAUUGCCAUGGCUGUUGCUCAAGCUUUAGGUGCCGAUACACCAUUUACAAGCAUGUCAGGAUCAGAAAUUUAUAGUUUAGAAAUGAAUAAAACUGAAGCUUUGACUCAAGCCAUUAGAAAAAGUAUUGGUGUGAGAAUCAGAGAAGAAACUGAAAUGAUCGAGGGAGAAGUUGUGGAAGUUCAAAUUGAUCGUCCAGCUUCUGGUGUGGGUGCCAAAGUUGGAAAAUUGACAUUAAAAACUACAGAAAUGGAAACAAUAUAUGAUCUUGGAACUAAAAUGAUUGAAUCUUUACUAAAAGAAAAAGUUCAAGCUGGUGAUGUUAUCGCCAUAGACAAGGCCACAGGUAAAAUAAGUAGACUCGGAAGAUCUUUUGCCAGAGCUAGAGAUUAUGAUGCUACUGGUCCACAAACUAGAUAUGUUCAGUGCCCAGAAGGAGAAAUUCAAAAAAGAAAAGAAGUUGUUCACACGGUAACUUUACACGAAGUAGAUGUGAUAAACAGCAGGACACAUGGAUUUUUAGCUCUUUUUUCCGGUGAUACUGGAGAAAUUAAAAUGGAAGUGAGAGAACAAAUUAAUGCAAAAGUUACUGAAUGGAGAGAAGAAGGAAAAGCUGAAAUUGUACCUGGAGUUUUAUUUAUUGAUGAAGUACACAUGUUGGACAUUGAGUGUUUUUCAUUUUUAAAUAGAGCACUGGAAAAUGAAAUGGCUCCAAUUGUAAUUAUGGCUACCAACAGAGGAAUUACAAGAAUCAGAGGUACAAAUUAUAAUUCUCCUCACGGAAUCCCAAUUGAUCUUCUAGACAGAAUGAUGAUAGUACCUACAACUCCUUAUCAAGAAAAAGAGUUGAAAGAAAUUUUAAAAAUUAGGUGUGAAGAAGAAGACUGUGAAAUAUCCGAAGAUGCUCUUCUUGUUUUAACAAGAGUUGCCGUUGAUACUUCCUUACGUUAUGCUAUACAACUUAUCACUACUGCAAAUUUAGUGAGCAAAAAACGAAGGGGAACCCAAGUGGAAAUUGAAGACAUAAAAAAAGUAUAUUCUCUCUUUUUAGAUGAAAUGAGAUCUUCCCAAUUCUUAAAAGAAUAUCAAAUGGAGUUCAUGUUUAACAUAAAAGAGGAAGAGCAAAUGGAUGUUUCAGUCGGAUAA